CACGUGAUCAGGAAGUGCAACUGCAAAAUCGAACGAAAUACUGUCUGCCAGCAGCAUUAGCACAGAUUAGAACAUCUUUGCCAUUACAUUUAGAUAAAUAAUGUGGAACUCAGUGUUCCAAAAAUCAUAUCUACAUACCUCUGUACAUCUCCUAAAAAAGGCUGCGCAUAAUCUGAAAGGAAAGAGUACUGCCGAUCAGCGUUGGAUAGUUCGGCAGCUUAAUGACCCCUUUGUGAAGGCUGCCCAUGUGCACAACUACCGGUGUAGAAGCGCCUUCAAACUGCUGGAGAUUGAUGACAAAUACAAACUUUUAAAACCUGGAUUCAACGUAAUAGAUUGUGGUGCUGCACCGGGUGCUUGGAGCCAGAUAGCUGUUCACAGGGUCAACUCAACUGGGGCUAAUGGAGAAUUUCCCCGUGGCACUGUGGUUGGAAUUGACCUUCUGCGUAUAGCACCUCUAGAUGGAGCUCACUUCCUGUCCAAUCAUGACAUCACCGACCCAGUCACACAUGCCAAGCUGCUUGAACUUCUCCCUGGUGCACAGGCUCAUGUCAUCAUGAGUGAUAUGGCACCCAAUGCCAGUGGUUUCAAGGAGAUGGACCAUGAAAAACUCAUCACAAUGUCAUUGUCAUUGAUUGACUUGGCUGAGAAGGUGUUGCAGACCGGUGGCUCUCUGAUUUGGCUUAUAAAGGGAAAACGGGCUGGAUGAAAGAGCCAUGGACAGCAUGACUAAUGAAAAGGCUGAUGCCACUGAAGCCGUGCAUUAUAAAUAGUGUUGGUCUUCGCUCUCAGAGAGCGGGGAUGUGCUCUUCAAUACAGCAUCAGGCUGGCAUUUGAAUGCUCUGCUUGAAAUGAUGUGAUUUUGAAUUAUUUUUACCAAGUGGACUGCCACUGAUUGAGAUUCCCCUCAUAUACAGAGCUAAAUACCUUGGGAUGAAGGCCCACAGUAGUGUUGAUUUGGCACUAUUUACUUUGCCUGUUUUUCUCUCUUGUCACUGACUACUUUCUGUAAUUAUAUGGCUCUCAGGGUUUGAAAGUACCCUGCUGAUUUUACCAGGAACAAAGAAACAAAUGUAUCAGAACUGUGCAAUAGACUGAGAACACAAUUAAAUGUGAUGGGGACAGGAGAAACAGAUACAAAUGUCCCUUAAAAUAGAGAAUAUGAUGAAAAUAACCUCACCGUAAAGAUGCACAUAGAAGGUUUCAUAUAUCUGAUGCCAUACGUUGGUGAAGGGGCCCUGUCUCCAUGACGCUAUUAUAAACCUUCAUACAAUUAGCCAGUGAGCUGUGACUUUCAAGCCAUCGAUACCUCCCUGUUAUCUCCUCAGUUAUAUAAAUGAUCAGCAGCUAGAUUGUAAAGGGUUCAUUGUUGGCGUAUUGCGUUCCACAUGACUUGUGUUACACAGCACAUAGAAUGAAUAGUAAUGUGGGCAUCAGAGCCUGCACAAAAAUAUUAGGUACGUGCGCGACAAAUCAACCUCGUUUUAAACAUUGUCUACAUGGUAUCGACCCCUGAACUCUACCUUGAAUUAGGUUUUUCAAAUGCCUUGACUUUUCACAAAUCAUUGAUGACCAAAGACACAAAUAAUGUCCAGUUAAAUGCCUUAGAACAGACUGAAUGAGCAAGGCAUUUCUAUUCAAUACUCCUUCAACCUCACUGCCAUAAAUGAGACUAGCACCGGCUAUACAAGUUCCACCAUAGAGUGGUUUGGGGCCAGUCACCUUUACCAUAAAGCAUUGUGUGUAGGUAGGAGAGGACAUAAUAGAUUACAUUGUACAUUGUGUGAGCUGAUAUGCUGUCUAGAUUUCUUUCCACCUCCGUGGUAACCUCAAGUUCGAUAUGUUAUUGCUGCUGACACAGAGGUCAUUGUGGUACGAUUAACCACAACACGUGUGAAGGUUUCACCUGCUCCAACAGGAAAGUGUGCAAGGAACUUCUGAAGUAAACUAGAAAUGUUUAGAGGUGAAAGGUAAAGGCCUAGCACAAUCGUAAAUAAAUACAUUGUUUUGGCAUUCCAUGUUCCAAUAUUGGUGCAUUGCCUUGGUAAGAAGAUCCAGAUCUUUCUCAUAGUUUCCGUGUAGUUUAGGCUACCUUGUGUCUAAUCGUUUGCCCUUCCAUUCUUGUCUUUGAAGAGUCCUCAAUUUCCAGCUUCAGGGACAUGUUGCGUUUCACCAGUUUUCUGUAAUGUAGUGUAAAUCCACAAUACAGGCAGUUGUGAAGUGCCUGGAGUUUUACCAGAGCGCUGAGGGCUCUGGUAAAUCGACCUGGCCGGGGUAUCCUGGAAUGACAUUGACCUCAUCCCGUCAGUAGAGGAUGCCUGGUUAUUCUUAAAUAAGCAUGCUCCAUUCAAAAAAUGU